AUGAGGAUGCUUUCACCAUCCAGCAUUCGAGCACAAAGCAGUGCCUGGGCAUAAAGGAUUCGGCAAACUUGAGUCUCACCACCUGUAAUCCAAACAGCACGUCCCAGCUGUGGAAAUGGGGUUCGAGUCACCGGCUCUUCCAUGUGGCCACUUCCUUAUGCAUGGCGUUGGUCAUCCCCAACAAGACGCUGACCCUGGUUGACUGUGGUUCCAACAACCCACUGUCGUGGCGUUGCCAGGAUGGGACUGUUUACACUAUUUACGAAAUGGUCCUGGCAGUCAGCGACGGCAAAGUUGCCGCCAAACGGGAAGCUUCUGAUACUUGGCUAAGAGGAGGAUCCCAGGACAACAUCUGCCAGAAGCCAUACCACGUUGUCCACACCAACGGUGGGAACUCUGCCGGCGCUCCCUGCGAGUUCCCCUUCAAAUACAACGGCAGCUGGUAUCACGGAUGCCUCCCAGAUGCAGAUUCCCCUGGACUGUCCUGGUGUGCCACCUCAUCGGACUAUGACCAAGAAGGAAUAAAGGGAUACUGUCUAACACCUGAGGAGGGUUGCCAGACUCUGUUUGCCGGGCCGGAAGGGGAGUCCUGCUACGAAUUUGUUUCCAGUGCCGCCGUGACCUGGCAGGAAGCUUUGGAUUCAUGUCGUAGUCAAGGAGCUGAUCUGCUGAGUGUGUCUGGGCCCGACGAUCUCCACUCCAAAACCUUUUUGGACGGCCUCGACAGAAUGCCUGAGAGGAUGUGGAUCGGCCUGCACCAGUUAGACGUUUCUCAGGGCUGGCAGUGGUCAGAUGGCUCCCCUUUUUCCGUCCUGCGCUGGGAAACAGGAAUGCCAUCCACCUCCAUUAUUACUGAGUCAGACUGUGGAGUUCUGAACUCCAAACACAACUAUGAAUCUGAGUUGUGUGGCAGUCGGCUGCCAUACAUCUGCAAGAAGAGUGUCAAUGCCUCUCGCACCGCAGCAACAGAGCCUUUUGUAUAUAAAGAAACAGUGUGUGCAGAUGGUUGGGUCCCAUGGAACGGCUGGUGUUACAAGUUAGUGAAGGACAAACCUCAAAGCUUUACAGAAGCCCAGCUCUACUGUAACAACACAGAGGGAGGAGGAGGCUUUCUGGCCAGCCUCCACUCCAUCGACAGCAAAGAAAUGAUCAGCACUAACUUCCAUGCAGAUGGGAAGGUUUUGGAUGUGUGGAUCGGUCUGAUCGGCGUGAACACCUCUGUCUUCAAGUGGAUUGACCAGGCACCUGUCACCUUCACCUACUGGGACAAAAACCAACCAGUCCAGCCCACUCAGGAUCCCAGCUGUGUCUUCUACUCUGGAGAGUCUCAUGCUUGGCGGGUUGGAAAUUGCACACUGAGGCUGCCUUUUUUGUGUCAGAAGAAAGGAAUGGUCAAUAAAUUGGUGACACAGCCCGGAUGUAGCCUUUCGGAUGGUUGGAAGAGACACGGCAACUCCUGUUAUCAAGUGAACAUUAAACAAGUACCCUUCAAAGAUCGCUGUAACAUCACUAUAAGAAACAGGUUUGAGCAGGCCUUUAUCAGCCGUCUACUUAGAGAGCAGAUCAGCAAGGAUCCUCAGUAUUUUUGGAUAGGGCUGCAGGACAUUAAGAACACAGGGGAAUACCAGUGGGUGAGCCAGGAUGGGUCCCCGGGUGUGGUUACAUACACCAACUGGGGCUGGCAUGAACCAAAACGGGAUGGAGGUUGUGCAGGGAUUUCCACCGCAAAACCCCUGGGCCGUUGGGAGGUGAAGAACUGUACCUUUUUUAAGGCUGGCACCAUUUGUAGAACAGACCUUGGUUCGCUUCCACCCCCAGAACCAGAGCCGAACCCCAACAUACCCUGCCCUGAUGGAUGGGUGUCCAAACCAAACAUCACAUACUGCUACAAGGUGUUUCAUGAGGAAAGGCUGAGCAGGAAGCGCUCCUGGGAGGAAGCUGAGAGGUUCUGUCAGGCUCUGGGAGCCAACCUGCCCAGCUUCACAAAUAUUGGUGAGAUGAGGGCCCUGCACAGCAUCAUGAGAGAAACCAUCAGUGAUAAUCGGUACUUCUGGGUUGGCCUGAACAGGAGAAACCCAGCCGAUCGCUCCUGGAAGUGGAGCAGUGGCCGCCCUGUAUCUAUGGAUGUUUUACACGAUGAUUUCCAUGAGGACGAUGAAUACAGUCGGGACUGCACGGCAUUCAAGACAAUGAAGAGCAGCUUGAAACACCUGUUACUGUUUCUGCACCAUGACUUACCACCCACACCUUUCUUUGCCACACCAUUUCACUGUGACGCCAGGCUAGAAUGGGUCUGCCAAAUUCCCCGUGGAAAGACACCGGAGACCCCAUACUGGUACAAUCCCGGUGGGCACCAUGACACAUCGAUCUUCAUAGAUGGAGCAGAGUUUUGGUUUGUUAAUGAGCCUAAGCUGACUUUUAAAGAGGCAGAGCUCUUUUGCAGUGCGAAUGACAGUAAACUGGCUGCACCACUUAGCUUAACUGCUGCCGGACAGAUCCACCGGUACCUCAAAAAUAUAUCAAGUACUCCCAAGCAAAACUGGUGGAUCAAUAUGAAAGAGCCCGGGCGGAUAUUCCCCAUGACGUACACCCAGAUGUACUUUUAUCAUUCAGUUUUCCUGGGCAGAUGCAGCUCCAUCAGUGUUGAAAGCUUAUUUCCAGACAUUGGAUCCAGACAGUAUGGAUUUGUGUGUGUUUAUGAUCAAUAACCCCAACUCUGACAUGCUGGGUUCCUGGGACUAUUCUUCCUGCACACAGUUUCAACAUCUGUCGGUUUGCCAGCACUAUGCAGAUAAAGUCGAGGAGCCCCACGUCCCCACAGAGCCCUUCGUAGUCAACAACCACACCAUCCUGCUGCUUGUCAAAAACCUCACCUGGUUUGGGGCCUUAGAGCAGUGCCAAAAAAACGGCAUGUACCUGGCAAGUGUGGCCGAUACCCUCCUGCAGUCCACCCUCACUGUGCAUGUGAGCCGUGCACGCACGCCCAUGUGGAUCGGCCUCUUUAGCGAAGACGGUGGGACCCACUACCGCUGGACCGACCACAGUCACACCGUAUUCAGUCGUUGGUCUUCUGAUCUCACCAGUGGGUCGUGUGUCUACCUGGACACCGAUGGCUUCUGGAAAGCCACCGAGUGUGAAGAAGAGCUAGGAGGCGCUAUCUGUCACAAACCACACAAGGAGAUCAUCAUCACACCAGAGGACGUUGCAGUAAAGUGCCCCCAUAAGAUUAAUGGUCCAAACUGGAUCCCCUUCAAGAAGAACUGCUACUCCUUCCAGCUGGUCGCCUCCAGAUGGGAGCAGUUUGACCAAGGACAGAUUCACCAAACCUGCAGAAAACUACAUGCAGAUGCAGACAUCCUAACCAUCCGAAAUGCAGAGGAGAAUGAGUUUAUCAAGCAGCAGCUCAUACCAUUUCAAAACUUGGUCCAGUUUGUGUGGCUGGGGCUGUUCAAAGAUAACAACGAUGACAAGAUGAAGUGGUAUGAUGGCACAAAUGUCCAAUAUUCCAACUGGGCAAAAGGCAGACCCGAUGUAGGCGAACCUUUCAUGGCUGGUCUCACCACUGACGGGAACUGGAUUCUCACCUCAAAUCGAAACUUGUUUGCAGAGUUCAAACAAAAGACUAUUGUGACGUGCAAACUGGACAAUGAACAAAAACAGGAGUACAACCUGUCAUCCAAGGAUUUUCAACAUUACGGCAACUUAUCUUAUGAGGUAGUAACCCAAAAGUUGAAUUGGUACCAGGCUCUGAAAGAGUGCACUCAGCGUGGAGGCCACCUGGCAAGUGUCCACGACAUCCAGCACAGUGCCCACGUGAAGCUCAUUGCCAAGAUGGAUGGCUUCCCGCUCUGGAUUGGGCUGUCAGACCAGGAUGUUAGUGGCUCAGUCUAUGAGUGGUCUGAUGGAACGGAAUUUAACUACAAAGCCACCAUCUCUGACUUACAGAGCUCCCGCUCAGAUAAACAAGGGGCCAGCUGUGUUGUUGUAAAUCCUGCUGGAGACUGGGUGAGGACUGGCUGCAAUAUGGUGGCAGAGGGUGCCAUCUGCUACACCACCACUAUCACCACCAGUUCUCAGAGAGCCAUACAGCCGGUUGCCCCAGAGACCAAUCACUGCCCUCAGAGCAACGGUAUGGCCAAGUGGGUGCAGGAUGAGAAUCACUGUUACGCUGACAUGAGCUUUUCCAACUACAGUGUGUACAGUAUGGAGCAGGCCAAGGGCGUCUGUCUGAACAUGAAUGCUCAGCUGCUGACCAUAAAAACCUCAGAGGAGAACAACUUUGUGUCUAAGUACAUGUAUGAUUCCCCUCUCAUCACCAGUCGUGUAUGGCUUGACGUGGUCCUGGAUGCUCAAGGUAAGCCUGUAUCCUGGCAGGAUGGCUCGACUCUGGCUUACUCAAACUGGAAGCCUGAGGUCUUAGGUACUGGGAAGAAGUCGGAUCCCCAGUGUGCCGUCAUGAUGGCAGGAGAUAAAGGAAUCUGGAAGCUUGUCAACUGCAAGGACAGCCACAGUCGUGUUGUCUGCAAAACUGAAGCGAAGUCUGCAGGCGCCCCUGUUGCACUUGGUUUCUUCAUCGUGGUCCUCAUCGCUGUCCUCUUAACCAUCGGCUUUGUUGUAUAUAAGAAGAAAAGAGCCCACUUCUCUUCUACCGUCCGCUACAAGAGGACCUUUGAUGAAUCAGACACCACCAGUAUUAUGACAGAAGCUGACUGAGCUUGCUUAAGUGGUCAGCCUCAGGGAGUAUUGAUGUGCCUGCCCUGUGUGCAUUUUAGUACUUUUCACCAGGAGCACAAUUGCUCUUACUAAAAAGCCUUCCCCUUUUUUAAAAUUAUUUAUUUAUCCCACUCAAGCCUUCAAACUUUCUGGAAUUAGGUUUUAUUGUAACUGUAAAUAUUGUUAGCAAAUUGUGAAUAUUUGCCAAAAUUUGCGCUACUUUAGAUUGUGAGACCUGUGUUAUACCUAAUGUAAAGACUUGGGCUGAUGCUUUGUGGUACAUGUUGAUCAUUGACAUUAAUGGGAUGUUAGAGUUCUGUUUUGGGGUUUUUGAUAUUGUAAAAAGAUGUGAUUUAAAGAAAUAUGCAUCCUGAUAUAACACUCCCUUUUAGCCUUAUAACGGGUUAAAUUGCACUGAUGUAUUGUGACUUCAAACUAUCAGACACAAAACAUUUCUUGUUUUAUGCUGUAUUUACCAUUAGUCAGUCUAUCAACAUAUUCCAGUUGUAUUUUUCAACUUCAAAAUACACAUUGUCAUCAAUCAGUACAUUUAAAGGGCCAGUUCAUCUAAAAAUCCAGUCAAACUAGUUUUUCUUUGACUUGGAGUGCUAUAUAUCUGCAUAGUUUCUCCUUCAAAUACUUACAAUACUGCCAAGAUCUCACUGUGAAUCAUUUGAGAAGUAGUUUCUACUGAAGUAUGCCCCAUAACUGUCCACAAGCAAAAGGAAGACACUAAAGACUGUAAACGUUUCAAUCAUAUUUUACGAGAAACUUUGCUGUUGAGUUCUUUAAAUUGGCUGUGGGUUGGAUUUGGUUUUGAGCUCCACUUAAUUGGCCUGAGCUUGCAGCUAAAAUCUCCGUACCCCAGCAAAUCACAUUAAAGUUAUCUGGAUUGAGAGAUCACACUCUGGUCUUUGGACUGAGCCUUUAAACAAGUAGAAAUUAAUGUCUGACUGUGCCUUUUAACAUCAUGAGUUUGAAAGAGAUGGGAGUUUUUUUUUAAGCCACUGGAUUAGGUAAUUUCCAAUGUAUUUACUGAUUCUUUCGACUUAUUAAUAGCUAUUAAUAAGUCAGGUUAAUGUGUUUUAGUUGUCAAUAUGUAAAUCAAAGAGAAAAAUCUUUAAAUUUUAGUCCUGCUGAUUAGUUUUAAAAGUGUAGGACACUGUCUUAGCCACAAAAAUAAUCAGACACGUCUGUAUCAUUUGUCUGUUUAUGUAGAUCAGACUUUCCUAUGCACUUAACUACUGAGCAAGAACGCACUUUAAUACGUUGUGGAGCUACAGUUCCUAUGUUUAAGCACAAUGAGGGUUGAAGAGUUUUUAAAGACGUUCAAAUUGCACUGGUGUUCGCUUUGAAUGCUUUGUAAAUAUGUGAUGUUUGUUUUUUUUAACUAAGAAUGAACCAAAGAUGCUCUGAGUCGUUUGAAUGUCAAAAAGCCUGAGCUUUCCUUUCAGUUUGUGGAACUGCCUCGGUAUGGCUUGUUAACCCAUUCAUAUCAAGGGUAAACCAAAUGUUAAUGUUGUUGUUUUUUUAACUUUACCACCGCUCCUAAUGAGAUCUGUCAGCUCAUAUCAGGUACAGUAUCCUUCCAAUAAAAUUUUCUGUCUUCAUGACUCGC